AAAUGGCGUCCUUGGUAGCUGACUACUCGGAUAGUGAAAGUGAAAAUGAAAGUAGUGAAAACAAAGACAAGGAAUCAGAUAUCAGAAUCAAGGAAGAGCCAGAGUCUGAAGAUGUGCCCAAGUCUAAGCCAGAGUCUGGAGAUGUGCCCAAGUCUAAGCCAGAGUCUGAAGAUGUGCCCAAGUCUAAGCCAGAGUCUGAAGAUGUGCCCAAGUCUAAGCCAGAGUCUGAAGAUGUGCCCAAGUCUAAGCCAGAGUCUGAAGAUGUGCCCAAGUCUAAGCCAGAGUCUGAAGAUGGGCCCAAGUCUAAGCCAGAGUCUGAAGAUGUGCCCAAGUCUAAGCCAGAGUCUGAAGAUGGGCCCAAGUCUACCAACUUUUUUGAAACACAGGACACUGACAGUGAUGACGAAGCUGACUCCAAGAAUUUUGUCAAAUCUGAACCUUCCACCAAACUCCCCAACCCUCUCGUCUGGGUACCUGAGAAACUGCCCAGUAUUUUAGAGGCAUCAACCUCUAGAAUUGGUACAUCAGUUUUCAUGAAUCCCUUUGAAGAAGCUGAACAGGCUAAGAAUCAGAUUUUAGAGAAACAUGUCAAACUGACUCAGGCGGCUCCUAAAAAGCCGGCCCACCAGCCCAUCUGCUGGAAGUUCAAGAAAGGCAAAUGUCAUCUGGGUAAGAACUGUCGUUUCUUCCAUGACAUGGAGAACAGAAGCUUAGAGGAGAACAGAACUGCUGCAGCCGCAAGCUUGCAAGCUGCUGUCAACGCAGAGAUGCCCCCGCGACCCACAUAUCAUCCAGCAGCUUACGUUGAUGCUCGGAGACGGCCGAUGGAGGCUGAGCCAGAGGAUGAUGACAACUACAUGGCUAACAUGAAGAAGAAGAAGCGCUACGGCGUGGCAGAUAACUUAGUGCCUCCCAAGAAGGCAUUUGAAUCCUUGCAGCGCCAACGGGAAAAGGAGAGACCUUGGACUAUGAACAGCAUGGGUUUUAAGUGAUAUCCCUGACUAAUGUCACUUGAUUUUAAUGCAAGUUUGUGUUCAUAUUGUUUUAAAUUCCUUAUUACUUUAAGUUUAAAAGAAUUUUAAAAUGUUAUUGUAUUUACAGUAUGAUAUCUAUUACUAUUUUUAAAAAAAGUAAUUUUUAUCUGUAAUUUUUACUUGUGCUGUUUGUUGAAUUGUUUUAAACAAUUUUUACCACAAAAAUUAUUUACAUUCAAGAAAUUUCUCCUGAAGCUAUUUUAUUAGACGGAAUUUCCCUUUAGGAAACAUUUUUAAUUGUUUCUACACUUUUUAAAUUGUCUGUUUAAAUUUGUGACUUUUAACUAAAAACAAAUUUUUAAAAUGUAAUUCCUUGUUUUGAAUUAUUUGAAUAUUAAGUAAUUUUUUAAAGAAUUUCUUGUAUAAUAUUAAGAAAGUGUUAGUGUUAUAAAAACUAAGUCCAUUUUGAUGCCUGUGGAUCAUCUACAUCAGGGUAGACUAAACUUUUUAAAACUACUGACCAGCCUGGGAGAUCUAUUAUAGCUAGAAGUUGUACAAGUUUUUUUCUUAUUUGUAUGUAAAUAGUCAAUUAAAAGCUUCCUGAAACAAAAUAAUUUGAAUUAGCUACACUACUGUUGGUAGUGUUUGUUACUCUAGUGGGCACAGAAUCUGUGGCGCACUUGAUUUAUUCAUGGAAAUUAUUUAUUGUGCUGAGAUAAAAAUAAUAAUCUGUGAAUGUUAAAUGUGGAUUAACUAUUUUAAUGACUCCUGCAAUUUGUAUGUCUUUCACAUGUUAUUUAAUUCCCUCUGACCUGUGUGUGCAUCCAACUUGUGAGGUGAGGACAGGUUUUGUUUUUACCUUGGCUGUUGUUUGAUUGUGUCAGCUGCCAACCUGCUUUAGCUGUCUCAUCCUUGCACUUUAAUCUUCGUAGGAUUUCAUGUGUUGCGCUAUGUUUAUUCUUUGUUCAGUCCUUUAAAUCUCUCCAUUAUUUGUUUCUUCUAUACAGUUUUUGUUUUACUUAAGCACGUGUGUCCUAGAGUGUCCAUUUAAAGGUAUUUUGUUCCUAUAAAUAACUCACUUUGUGAACAUGUCGGAAAUGUUUCAGUGAUGUGACUGAACUUUGUUCCAAAAAACAUAUUUUGCACACUAAAACAAUAAGUUAUCUCCCUUUAGAAGGAAUUAGAUGUGAUUAUUUUACACAUAGCUGAAUGCAUGUUUAAAUUCUAUUUCUUAAUGUGUGAUGUUUAUUUAUUCUCUGCAGGUUUUUGUAAAGCUUAACACUGCCUUAAUUGUCAUUCAUUCCAUGUCUAAGUAUAUUGUAUUUUACAUUAAAGUACAAUUGACCAUUGUUAUAAAAUACAUCCAGUUAUGUCUGUAAUCAUUUCUCUGUAGUGAGCUGUUCUUUGUAGUGUACUGUCAGUGUUUUAUGAAAUUUGUCUCCAAGUCUCCAUCAAAUUGUUCUGCAAUAAAAAAAUAAAUAUUCCUUU